AUGAAUGGGCUCAGCAUUCCAUACCGGAUUUCUGUUGCCUACUUUUUUACCAUAGGGUUAACAGGAACCGAACUGGCCAAGCUUCUGCUUCAUGUCUUGGGCAAGGUGGAAGACGUUGGCUUCAAAGUACUCCGGAUUGUAACUGACAAUCACCGAGUGAAUGUCAAUGCAAUGAAGCAGCUUUGUGGGGGACUCCUUACACAUCAUAUCCUGCACCCAAAUGACCCGGAGAGGAUUCUGUUCCUUAGCUUUGACUAUGUUCACAUCUUGAAGAAUAUACGGUCCCAAUUCCUGGAACGCAACUUUGGAAAGGACAAUGAGAUCAAGUCCUUCUACCUCAAGAAGCUGUACGAGCUCCAGAGAGGGGCGGCUGUCAAGCCAGUCAGGUUCCUGAGUCGCAAACAUCUUUUCCCUAGCAACAUAGAGAAAAUGAAUGCCAAGAGAGCAGUCCAGCUCUUCUCCCCUGAAGUGACCGCUGUGCUCAAGCACAUCCAGGAACAAGCUGGCCACACAAGUGACCUACUGUAUGCGGACGCAGGACCAACCAUCUUCUUCAUGAACUCUGUGGACCGCUGGUUCAUUUUGCAUGAUACCAGUGACUGCAAACAACACAUACACCAACGCUACCCAGAUGUGCGCCAGUAUGAUCGCCCAGACGACCCUCGUCUGGAAUGGCUUGUGUUUUCAUUCCCAGCCUAUCUCGAGCAGGUCAAGAGCACGGCAAGCCCAUCACAGUUCCUGACGACAGAAACCUACGAAGCCUUUCUCUUGACAACAUACUCGACAGUUGCAUGUGUACAACACCUUCUCACCAAGGAAGAGUUUGGAUUUGUACUGACCAGGAAGUUCAGUAGCGACGCCAUUGAGUCCCUGUUUGGCUCAUUGAGACGAUGUCAAGGGUGCAAUGACCAGCUUAGCGUUCGGGCUGCAAUCUCAGGAAUUGAAAAGAUCCUGAAAACUGGUCUCAUCACAGCUUCCCAGCAGAGCAAUGUGUCACAUGCUGCCUCGACCUCAUCGGGUAUGACUUCAGCAAUUCGGUGCAUACCACCAACAGUGUCAGCUGCCACGCCAUUCCAACUUCCACAGAGUGCAGCGGAAAUCUUAGAAAAGCUGUCAGAUCCCAAUGUACAAUACCUGCCAAGCCUCGAGCUGUCGGCGACAGCGCACGUUGGGGGCUGCAUUGCCCGUGUUGUACAAGAACACUUUUCAUGCUUCUUCUGCAUACCUCUUCUUACAAAGCCGAAGACAAACAGUGCCUUGCAAGGGAUCACAAACCACCUGGACCGGGGAGGCCUUUUGCAUCCCUCAGAUGAACUCGCCCACCUUCUAAAUGUCCUCAGGAUGUUUGCAGCGGAUGUGUUGUCGUACGACCUCAGGAACUGGCAGCCCCUCGAAACUCUUGUGAAGUUUGCACUGCCAGCAGUGUAUGACUCUCCUUUGCUGCUCUGCCCAACGAACAACAAGGCUCAUCGCCGUGAACUGAUCCAUCUUGUCUGCACAAAGUUCUUUAGACCACUCCUUGUUAACUAUGCCUUCUGUUACACAGGCAGGAACGAUAGAUUUAAGAUGUUUGCACGAAAGCCUAUAUCUCGGAAGUUUCAGAAGGUGAGGUAG